CCCUGCUAUCCUGGUGCUGCCUGCCGCCUGUGGUCCUGGCCCGGCAGCAAUGGCGGGCCAGGGGCUGCCUGUCCUGCCUCCCCCUGGCCGGGGCUUCCCUCCCCCCGCAGGGAGGUCUAGUUAAUUAUAACUCUGACCUGAGUGCCCUGCGCUGCCACGCCUCGGCCAGUGCGCCCAGGAGACCCAGCCACCAGGUCCAUGUCUCAGCCUUGCUCCCCGCGGAAGCACCCCUGUCUCUCUGGGGCCCUUCAGCCCUCAGCCCUGCUGCUGCUGCAGCUGCUGCUGUCCCCUGCAUCUGCCUUCCUCACCAAUUUCUGGAACCUCAUGGCUGGCCCUGGCUCCAUCAGCCACCAGCACAUGACUGAGGAGGCAGCCCUAAAAGUCACCCUGCAGCUCUUCCUGGACCAUCCCAUCCCCGGCCGGCCACCCCUUCGUCCAGAAGACUUUUCGGGCAAAUCCCUGCUUAUUGACCACCUCUUCGAUGCCUACUAUGGACCUGGGUAUAAUUCCCGGUCGUUCCGAGCAGCCUUAAAUGAGCUGUCGCGUGCCAACGCAGCCCAGGACUUCCAGCAAAGCACCAAGGAUGACCCUGACCUGCACUUCGACGCCGAACGGCUGGACCAGGGGCACACUCGCAUGAGAGAGGCUCUGCAGGAAGCCCUGGUGGCAGCCAGAGCCCAGGACUACACUCUGGCCCGCAAGCGCUUUGGCGCUGCACUUCACGCCUUACAGGAUUUCUACAGUCACAGCAACUGGGUAGAGCUGGGGAUAGAGGAGCCACAUCCUUACCUCCUCGGGCUAACGAAGACACUCUGGACCGUGGCACCAGCCCGUGCUAUUACCUGUUCCGACUGUUCAGAGUUGAGCUGCCCUAAGAAUUUGCUGACCGUCACACUCCUUACCUCUGGCUACUUUGGAACGAAUCCUCCUAAACCUCCAGGGAAAUGUAGCCAUGGGGGCAGAUUGGACCAGAGCCGCACCCAGCCACCCCGGGGAGGCAUCAACAAGGACAGCACAUCGCCCACCUUCUCCCCACACCACAUGUUCCACCAACAGGCUGCAAACCUGGCGCUUAUGUCCACCGUCCAGGCCUUCAACUUCCUCCGAAGCAACCUGGGCGACAGCAGUUUCUCCAGGCUGUUGAACAUCUCCCCAGGGUCCAGCCUGAGCUUCGUCCUGGACACCACAGGCAGCAUGGGGGAGGAGAUCAGCGCUGCCAAAAUCCAGACUCGCCGCAUUGUGGAGCAGCGACGAGGCACCCCCAUAGAGCCCAUUCAUUACAUCCUGGUGCCUUUCCAUGAUCCAGAAUUUGGACCUGUUUUUACAACCAGUGAUCCUGACAGCUUUCAGCAGCAUCUCAAUGAGCUCCAAGCCUUGGGGGGUGGAGACGAGCCUGAGAUGUGCCUGUCGGCCUUGGAGUUAGCCCUGCUGCACACACCGCCACUCUCAGACAUCUUUGUCUUUACCGAUGCCUCCCCAAAGGAUGCUUUUCUCACCAGCCGCGUGGAAUCCCUGACUCAGGAGCGGCGCUGCAGGGUGACAUUCUUGGUGACUGAGGACCCGUCCAGAGUUCUGGGGCGCGCUCGGCGGGAGGUGUUAUCGCCUCAGCGUUUUGAGCCCUAUGAAGCCGUGGCUCGGGCAUCAGGAGGAGAGGUGAUUUUCACCAAAGACCGGUACAUUCGGGACGUGGCGACCGUUGUUGGCGAGAGCACGGGUACUCUGGUGACCCUUCCCCUGGAUCCCCCUGUGGCCCUGCCCGGGAGGGCGCUCGUGUUCCACGUGGACGGGCUGCUGCACAAGCUCACCGUGCGCCUGCACGGGCAGAUCCGCAGCUUCAGCAUCAGGAGCCCUGCAGGGCUCUCUCAAGGCCAGGAGGAAGGCCCGGGCCCUCUGGGUCACACCCGCCGCUUUGGGCAGUUCUGGAUGGUGACCGUGACUGACCCCCCACAGGCGGGGACGUGGGAGAUCCAGGUGGCGGCCGAGGGCGCCCCGUGGGUGAGAGUGCAAGCCCGGAGCUCCGUGGACUUCCUCUUCUACUUUGGGAUCCCCGUGGAUGACGGCCCCCAUCCUGGCUUCUACCCCCUGACUCAGCCAGUUGCAGGUCUCCGGACCCAGCUGCUGGUGGAGGUGACGGGGCUGGACAGCCAUCCGCGCUUCUCCCACGCGGUCCUCCGAAAGGUGCCCGAGGGCACGGAGCUGGGCCGCGUGGCCCUGGAGCCUGUCGGCCCCCCGGAGCAGGGCCUCCUCACGGCCUCCCUGCCGCCCACCCUGCUGUCUACCUCGUCCCCCUUUUCUCUCCAACUUAUCGGCCGGAAUGGAGAGGGGCAGGACCUGCAAAGGGCCGCCCCCCAGCCGUGCACCGUGGCCCAGGUGCUUGUGGAGCUGAGCGGCCCCCCAAGUUUCUUGGUCCCGGGCAGCAAGGUCCCUCUCAGUCUCUACAUCUCCAGCUUCUCGGGCACUCAGGAUCUCGAUAUUAAGACCGAUGUCAACCCCCAUUUUGCCCUCACCUCCAACCUGACCAGGGCCCACCUGCGACUGAAUGAGUCGGUCUCGGGGCGCCUGUGGCUGGAGGUCCCCAACUCAGCAGCCCCUCGAUCCAUAGUGACGGUGACGGUGGCAGUGAUGGGUGUGGCAGGCCGAGGAGCCAGCCCCGCGCCCCCCACCCAUGCCUUCCUCCAGCUCCUGGUACAAGAUCCGGCAGGGCAGGUGAGGCACCCCGCUUUCGGGCAUCCAGGCUUGGCACGACGCCACAUCCACGCCUGUGCUUCCUUCCGCCAAGCCGCUGGCGCAUCCCUCCACUCGACCGCCUCGGGGAAGGGCCGGAAGAGGGGUGGGCAGCUCCCGGUGGGCGAGCGUGCCAGGGCUGCUGCUGCUAUCCUGGGCCUCCUGGGCACGCAGCCCUUAGAGGAAAUGCGCUGGAUUCCCGUAGCGCACUUCCCCUUGUGA